CUCUACCUUGUCGAAAUAAGGAAAAGGCAGUUACUCUCAAACUGUCCAGUGAAUACAGCUGCUUAUUCUCGGUCGACCAAACUGUAAACAUAAUUCUCUCUCUCUCUCACUGAAGCAUCAUCCCCAGCAGGCAGCAGUAAAUACAGCAAGCAUAAUCUCCCAAAUGCUAUGUUCACUCUUUUAAGGUUGUUGAUGACGGGUUUGUUGUCAAUCAUCAAUGUGUACGCAUCCCAAUUGAAGCUGAUAUUCAGGAGGAGAAGUACACUGAGAUAUUAUUCUUCUGUGAAUUCAGCACUAUCUUCCAUAAUUCUGUCAGAGGAUGAAACCUCAACACUUGAAGAUACCGUUGCUGCUGAUAAUGGUUUUUUUCUGAGUGCAAAAAGCUAUCCUACUGACUUUAGAGGAAUAAACGAACUUUAUUGUGGUGAAGAUGACGUUUGUGAGCCUGUUGACACUGGUUUCUUGUUUUCCAUUAAUGAGAGACCAGAUGAAGAUGAAAUGAAAAGAUUAAUGUUAAUACUCGCAAAGCGUGGAUGGAAUCUUGGUUGUCAAAAUGGGUAUAAUAUCUAUCUGAAUCAGUUGAACACUAUAGAGCUUUUGAACGAUCUGUUUGAGGAGACUUUGGAUGCUAAACUUGUUCUAUACUUCUUCAAGUGGUCAGAAUGCUGUUCUGGAUCAAAGCAUACAGUACGAACCAUAUGUAGAAUGAUCCAUAUUUUGGUUUCUGGGAACCUGAAUCAUAGAGCAGUGGAUCUGAUAUUGCGUCUUGUGAGAAAUCAUGGUGACGAGGAGUCAUGUGAUUCAUUGCUAGAAGUCCUUUAUGAAACCCAUAGCGAAAUAAGGGUUUUAGAAACCACAUGUAGCAUGCUUGUCAAUGGUUAUAUUCAGGAAGGCAUGGUGAACAUGGCUUUAAAAAUAGCAUGUCAAAUGAAGCACCUAAACAUCUUUCCUUCAAAUGGGGUGUGUAACUCACUACUGCAGGCAUUAUUAGGAUCAAAGCAGUUGGAAUUGGCAUGGGAUUUUCUGGAAGUUAUGCGGACAAGAGGGAUGGGUUUAAAUGCAGCUAUGAUGAGCUUAUUCAUUAAUAAGUACUGUAGUGAGGGUGAUCUGGAAAGUGGUUGGAAGUUGCUCUUGGAAAUGAAAAUUUAUGGGAUUCAACCUGAUGUGGUUUCAUUUACAAUUGUUAUUAACUCACUUUGCAAGAUGUCUUAUCUGAAUGAAGCCACCGCUUUAUUGUUUAAGAUGACUCAGUUGGGUAUUUCUCCUGAUCCAGUUCUACUUAGUUCAAUUAUUGAUGGUCACUGUAAGCUGGGGCAGACAGAGGUAGCAAUAAGCAUAUUGAAGAUUUUCAAUACUCCCCUCAAUAUUUUCAUAUACAAUAGCUUCAUUUCAAAGUUAUGCACAGAUGGUAAUAUGGCUGAAGCUUCUAGCCUGUUUCAUGAGAUGUCUAUGUUGGGCUUGCUCCCUGAUUGCUUUUGUUACUCUACUAUAAUUGAUGGAUACUGCAAAGUGAGAGACAUUGAUAGAGCUUUUCAGUAUUUUGGGAAAAUGUUAAAAAAUGGAAUCACACCAUGUGUUACCACAUACACAUCCCUCAUUGAUGCUUAUUGUAAGUCUGGAAACAUGGAAAUGGCAGAAUAUUCGUUUCACAAGAUGAUUUCGGAGGGUUUGGCACCUGAUAUUGUUACAUUCAACACCUUAAUGGAUGGCUUUGGUAGGAAGGGACACUUACAAAAGGUUUUUGGGCUCUUAGAUAUGAUGAAUUCUUCCAAUGUUUCACCUGAUAUUGUGACAUAUAACACUCUCAUUCAUAGUCUAGUCACAAGAGGAUUUGUAAUCGAGGCAAAAGAAAUUUUGUUUGAGCUAAUCAAAAGGGGUUUCUCUCUGGAUGUGGUCACAUUCACUAACCUUAUUGAUGGGUUUUCAAAGAAGGGGAACUUUGAGGAAGCCUUUUUUGUGUGGUUCUACAUGAGCGAGCAUGAUGUGAAACCUGAUGUAGUGACAUGCAGUGCUCUUCUCAAUGGAUACUGUAGAGAGCGUCGAAUAGAAGAAGCUAAUGUUUUGUUUCACAAGAUGCUUAAUAUUGGAUUACGUCCAGAUCUGAUACUGUACAACACUCUGAUUCAUGGGCAUUGUAGUUUUGGGAGCUUGGAUGAUGCAUGCACCUUGAUAAGUAUGAUGAUUGAACAUGGUAUCUUUCCUAAUAACAUUACUCACCAGGCACUUGUCCUUGGGUUUAGAAAAAAGAGGGUAAUGAAUCCUGUAGAAACUGCAAAUCUUAAGUUGCAACAGAUACUGCUCAAAUAUGGUAUUCAUGUUGAUGUUGAUGAAUAUCUGAGAGAGCAACCAGGAAGCUGCAAGCAAUUACCAGCUUGACCAGAGUACUAGAUGCUCAGGUGUUCUCACUUCUUAUAACCCGAGCAGGAGCAGAAGUCGAGCACUAGCUUGAUGCUUGGGGUGUUCCUAUGACUUCAGCACUAAGCGCAUGCUUUGCUUGAGCACUAGCUCAAUGCUCUGGAUGUUAUCUCAUGCCCCAAGCACGUGCUUUGACUUGGGCACUUUGAUCACAUAACAGAUUAUGAUGGAGCAGUUACCAGUAGAAUAUUUAAGACUCCAGUUACUUGAUGUCGAGCCUAAGGAUCAUGAAUGGACUCACUAAAAGUAUAAGAGAUAAGGGGCACUUAAAAAUGCUCAGACCACUGCAGAGUCAAAGAUGGAUUUUCUUUUUAUCCUGAAGGUGAAUAAGAUAAGUGUCUCAACUCAGCACAGCUAUCAAAGGUUAAUGAGACACCAGUGUGGUGUCGCCAAGAACUCUUUAGAAGUCGGGUGGAUUCGAUUUGGAAAGCAGGUGAGUUGAAGUUGCAGAAGAUGGGGUUUUUUAACGAAAAGCACCACAUGUAUGUAAUGUAGGAUCAAUCUUUUGCAGAUAAGAGUCUCAACUCAGCGCAGCUAUCAAAGGUUAAUGAGACACCAGUGUGGUGUCGCCAAGAACUCUUUAGAAGUCUGGUGGAUUCGAUUUGGAAAGUAGGUGAGUUGGAGUUGCAGAAGAUGGGGUUUGAAGAUUAUGGUAAUGUACUAUUGCAUUGUGUGAAAAAGAUAUAUACUCUUGAUAGUGUCCCAAAAGGGUGGGAAUUCUUGGUGAAGAGUAAGUCUUGAUGACACUAGGAUUACAAGUCAAGAUCUUAGUAUAUUACCUGCAAAGGUCCAUGAUUCUUAGGGAUUGAGAUUCAUCCAUAUAUGGAAAGUGAUUUGAGUAAGGAUUUCUAGAUGUGAGAGAAGAAGUUAGUGUUGGAUUCGGAUACAGGCGAUGCAGAUCUAAGUUGAUUCGAGCAUUAUUCAGCGCGAGUCCAACUACACUGAGCACAAGUCCAAACUGAAGUGUUCGGAUAGCACCACAAUUGUUUUGGCUAGGUUGUAUUGUAUGGAAGUGGUUGUUUUGCUCUACUAUAUGAAAAGCUCUUGCUUAGCAGCACAAUUGUUUUGAUCUGCCCAACAGAUCAUUGACUGAUGUGGCUAAACAAUGACAUGAAAAAAGUUCAAUGGAAUUUGAGGGUACUUUUGUCCUGCGAA